AUGCCAAUUGUCGAUCCUGACUUGGUCCAGCCUUCACCAGUCCAGGGCCAUGGCAUCCAGAAAUUCAUCCAGAAAUUGAGCGGCCAACCAACGUCGUACGCCAGAAAGACCAACUACGUCUUUGGUAAGACUUUAGGGGCCGGGACGUUUGGGGUGGUUCGUCAAGCUAGAGACAUUGCCACCGGAGAAGACGUCGCCAUGAAAAUCAUUCUCAAAAAGACGUUGAAAGGCAAUUUCAACAUGGUGUAUGAUGAGCUCAAAAUGUUGCAGAACGUCCAGCAUCCCAACAUCGUAGGGUUCCAUGAUUGGUUCGAGAGCCGUGACAAAUUUUACAUCGCCACCCAAUUGGCCACUGGAGGCGAACUCUUUGAUCGGAUCGUUGCCAAGGGGAAAUUCACCGAGCAAGACGCGGCGAUGUGUGUCAAGCAAAUCUUGGACGCGUUGGCCUAUUUGCACCAAAACGACAUUGUCCAUCGGGAUAUCAAACCAGAAAACGUGUUAUACUUGCGGUCCGAGCAAGAAGACCCGAAGUCUCCGAUUGUAUUGGCGGAUUUUGGCAUUGCCAAGAAGCUUAGAUCGAAAGAUCAGGUAUUGAAAACCGCGGCAGGGUCGUUUGGGUACGCUGCUCCUGAAGUGUUGAUGGGGAUUGGCCAUGGUAAACCGUGCGACGUCUGGUCUACCGGGGUGAUCACUUAUACUUUGUUGUGUGGGUACUCGCCGUUUAGAUCGGAAACUGUGAGUAAUUUCUUGGAAGAAGUGAGAAACGACAAUGGUGUGGUGUUCCAUCACAAGUAUUGGAAGAACAUCAGUGACGAUGCUAAACAUUUUAUUAUGAGCAUGCUUAAAGUCGAUCAAAACCAGAGACCAAGUGCUGAGGAGUUGUUACAGUCCAAAUGGAUCACCGAGAACGAUAAUAGUAAGGUUGAUUUGUUGCCUAAUAUUAGAGAAGGGUUCAAUGCCAAGGGGAAAUUCAUCCAGGCGAUCGAGGUGGUGAGAUUGAAGAACCGGAUCAAGGCAUUGAGAGACAGUGUUAGCACUGACAAAUCGAGUUCCGAUGAGGAAGAAGAUAUGGACGAUGUGUGUUAUGCUUCGAGAAACGAGUUUGAUGGGGAAGACAAGUUGGAUAAACCUCCGGCAUCUCCUACCAAGUCGGAUUUAACUUUGAAGGCGUUCCAACUGUUGGUGUUGACGGCCCAUAAGAACAAAGAAAGAGUCCAAACCUUUGCUGAGAAUGACGAAGGAAAUUAG